AUAUCGUAUUUACCGGCAAGCGCUCCCUCCGCAUCCUUCCAUUGGUGGCAUCGAGUGGGCCGCUGGCUUUUCGGUACAAUACUCGUCAGCAAAAACACAUGCUUCGGCCUUGUCCACAUUCCGACCUGCGUGCCGAACGCCUCACAGCGACGCCUACUCACGCGUUUGCGCUCCACUUCUUAGCCCAGGUAUCGAUGGCUCUUCCCAAGUCGUCGCAAAUCGCAGCGAGAUGGACCGAGGGACCCUCUUGAUCAGACGCGAAGCCUGGUACGCCGCUAUCCCGCGGUUUAAAUAUCAUUUCUGGCCUACCGUGCACUUAUCUACCCCUCCUCUAUACUCUGUGGUUUUUUGCUUUGUCGAGUUCACCCUCCUCUCUCUGACGUGAUCAUGCCUUCCACCGAAGAAUCUGGCGCAGCGCGCUCCUUCCCGACCAUCAAACACGUGCGAACAUUCAUAACACAAGGGCCCGGCAGCGGCGGAGACUACCACAAUGUCGCUGGUGGACAUUGGCUCAUCGACAGCAAGAUAUCCACUCCCAUGAGCGGGUAUGAGCAGUACCGAAAGUCAAGAACCAGCUGGGGUAUCAACGUCCUGGGUUCUUUCUGUGUAGAGCUCGAGGCCAGUGACGGCACCAAGGGCUUUGCUACCGGUUUUGGAGGACCGCCAGCAUGCUGGCUGGUCGCUGAGCAUUUCGAGCGCUUCUUAAUCGGUCAAGAUCCCAGAGACACAAACCACAUGUUCGAGCAAAUGUACCGCGCGUCCAUGUUCUACGGUCGCAAAGGUCUUCCAGUCGCCGUCAUCUCAGUCAUCGAUCUCGCUAUCUGGGAUCUGCUCGGCCACAUCCGCAACGAGCCCGUAUACAAGAUGCUCGGUGGAGCAACCCGGGAAAGGCUCAACUUCUACUGCACCGGUCCUGAGCCAGCGGCGGCGAAGGAAAUGGGCUUCUUCGGCGCCAAGGUACCAUUACCGUACGGCCCUGGUGAGGGUGUCGAAGGCAUGAAGAAGAACGUCGAGUUUCUCACCAAGCAUCGUGAAAGUGUUGGACCAGACUUUCCUCUCAUGGUCGACUGCUACAUGAGCUUGAACGUACCUUACACCAUCGAGGUUGUAAAGGCCACCGAGCACCUCAACUUGAACUGGUGGGAAGAGUGCUUGUCGCCUGACGAUUCGGAUGGUUUUGAGCAGAUCAAGCGCGCUCACCCCCGCAUGAAGUUCACCACUGGCGAGCAUGAGUACUCGCGGUAUGGCUUCCGGAAGCUCAUUGAGGGUCGCAACUUGGACAUUCUCCAGCCCGAUGUCAUGUGGGUUGGCGGUAUGACUGAGCUCAUCAAGAUCUCGGCCAUGGCUGCUGCCUACGAUAUUCCCGUUGUACCUCACGCCAGUGGACCAUACUCGUACCAUUUCGUUGUUUCUCAGGCCAACUCGCCUUUCCAAGAGUACCUCGCGAACUCACCGGAUGGCAAGUCUGUAUUGCCCGUAUUCGGCAACCUCUUCACCAACGAGCCAAUUCCCACAAAGGGAUAUCUCGACGUCAAGACUCUCGACCUUCCAGGCUUUGGUCUUAAGCUGAACCCCAACGCCGGCUUGAUCGACGCCACUCGCAUACUGAACCCUGCGCCACAGAAAGCACUCAAGCCUGCUGAGCCUGAGAAGGCGGAAGUCAACGGACAUUAGUAACAUGGUUACACGACAUCAUGGCGUUGCAGGAGUUGCAUAUGACUUGCUUUUUGGAUAGCCUGGUGUUCAUGCAUUGCGCAGAAGCGGCGUAAAUAUUGCUCAUUGUUUACUCAACUGGUGGCUUCUCGAUGGGAUCAUGUAGUUACGAAUGGCAACAAACGACUGGCCAUAUUACCAGCUUUACGAUGUAGUCGCAGCUCAUGAAAUACGAAGGAUACACAAGAAG